CCCCACCGCCCCAUCAUCACCCCCACGAGGGUUCCACGAGGGUUCACCCGGGGACUGCCCUAAAGGGGCUGUAAGGGAGCGGGGCCGAGCACAACCACAAAGCGGACCCCGGGGACUCCACACCCCCAACCCAGCCGGUCCCGCCGAGCCUCCCCAGUGCUCCCAGUCCUCCCAGUAAGACCCGGCAGAGGGCACCAGUAAGCCCAGUUUGCUGCCUCCCACCCCCCCGUGCCGGCAGCGGGUGGAGGAAGGGGAGGAGGAGGAGGAGGCGAGGGCCGGAGCCGGGCCGGGGGGAUUUAAGGCCGCUGCCCCCCCCCGCCUCCUCCGCUCCGCGCCCGGAGGGACCCGCGACUGCGCCCAACUUUGUGCGGGCCGCCCCGUGUGGCUUUCUCCUGUCCAUUCCCCAAGAGGAGCACUGAAGGGCAUAAUGAAGGCUUUCCUCCUCACCCUCCUGGCCCAACUCUGCUCGGCAUCGCUGGUUCCCGAGAGAGAGAAGGACCCCGAGUACUGGAGGCAGCAGGCACAGGAGACGCUGCGGGAUGCACUGAGGCUGCAGCACCUCAACCAGAAUGUGGCCAAGAACCUCAUCCUCUUCCUGGGCGACGGUAUGGGUGUCUCCACCGUGACGGCCGCACGCAUCCUCAAGGGCCAGCUGCAGCACCGCAAGGGCGAGGAGAGCCUGCUGGAGAUGGACAAGUUCCCAUAUGUUGCCCUGGCCAAGACCUACAAUACCAAUGCACAGGUGCCUGACAGCGCAGGCACAGCCACCGCCUACCUCUGUGGUGUCAAAGCCAACGAGGGGACAGUGGGUGUCAGCGCCAGUGUCACCCGUGACCGCUGCAACACCACCAAGGGCCAGGAGGUGACCUCCAUCCUCCGCUGGGCUAAGGAUGAAGGCAAGGCGGUGGGCAUUGUCACCACCACCCGGGUGACCCACGCGACGCCCAGUGCUGCCUACGCGCACUCGGCCAACCGUGACUGGUACUCGGAUGGAGAGAUGCCCCUGGAUGCACUGGAGGGCGGCUGCAAAGACAUCGCCCGGCAGCUGGUGGAGAACAUCCCUGACAUAGAGGUGAUCCUGGGGGGUGGGCGCAAGUACAUGUUCCCCAGGAACACCAGCGACGUGGAGUACCCGCAGGAGGAGCGGCACCGCGGCACCCGUCUGGAUGGCAAGGACCUGGUGCAGGCGUGGCACGACACCAAGCCUGCGGGGAAGGUCGCCAAGUACGUGUGGCACCGGAGGGAGCUGCUGGCACUGAACCUCAGCCGCGUUGACUUCCUCCUGGGUCUCUUUGAGCCGGGGGAUAUGGUGUACGAGUUGGACAGGAACAACGAGACCGACCCGUCGCUCAGUGAGAUGGUGGCCGUGGCCAUAAGGAUGCUGCAGAAAAACCCGCGGGGCUUCUUCCUGCUGGUGGAAGGCGGCCGCAUCGACCACGGGCACCAUGAGGGGAAAGCCAAGCAGGCGCUGCACGAGGCGGUGGAGCUGGACCGCGCCGUGGGGCUGGCGGGGCGCCUCACCUCCCCGCACGACACGCUCAGCGUCGUCACCGCCGACCACUCGCACGUCUUCACCUUCGGCGGUUACACUCCGCGAGGGAACCCCAUUUUUGGGCUGGCCCCGAUGCAGAGCGACGUGGACCGCAAACCCUUCACCUCCAUCCUGUACGGCAACGGCCCCGGCUAUAAGAUCGUGGGGGGCGAACGCGAGAACGUCUCCGCCGUGGAUUUCGCUCACGCCAACUACCAGGCGCAGGCGGCCGUCCCGCUGCGGCAGGAGACGCACGGCGGUGAGGACGUGGCGGUGUUCGCCCGCGGCCCCAUGGCGCAUCUCCUGCACGGCGUGCACGAACAGAACUACAUCCCCCACGCCAUGGCCUACGCCGCCUGCAUCGGCACCAACCGCGCGCACUGCAGCUCCGCCGCCCGCCCCGCCGCCACCGCCUCGCUCCUGCCCGUCCUCCUCCUCCUCCUCCUCCUCCUCUGCUAAAGCGAAGCGGCUUUGGGGAGGGGGAAGUGAGGGGGGGGGGUGAUGGAGAGGAGUGGUUUUCUUUUUAGGGGGGGGAAGAGCGAAAAGAAAGACUUCGGCGCAGCAAAGCAAAGCAGCGCCGGCGGUUUCGGUGCCGCCGCGGCGCGCUGGGCCGUGCCCCUGUAAAUACACCCUUCCUCCCCUGUCAUUAGAGUCCUGGACCCGCUGUGGGAUUUGGGCUUGGGGCUGCGGCCAAAACCCUCCUAAAGUGUAGCCGGGGGGGUGGACGAGGGGGGAGGUUCGGCUGAGACCAGACGCCGGUGCCCAACUCAUUGCAUGUGUGGACAUCCGUAGGGCUUUUGCUCCUUGAGCUCUGGAACGGUUUUGGGGCUCAGCACUGCACGGAGAGGAGAGCGGGGGGGGGAGGAGUUGGCCGCUCACCGCCUCCUUAGGGGCUGGGAAAGGGCAACCGCGGGCCGGGGGGGACAGAGGGAGAGGAGAUGGGGUGAUAUGGGGGUGGGGUGCAGCCAGAGAGGGGCUCCAGGCGUGCAAAGGGUGCCGUGAGUGUGCAAAGGGUGUACACGUGGGGAUGCGUGCAUGCAAUGGAAGCAGCGGUGCACUGGGGGUGCAAAGGGUGGGCAGCAGUGCUGUGGGGGUGCAAACGGUGUUGUGGUGUGUAAUGUGUAGGGAUGCGUGCAUGUGGUGGGUCCUGGAGGGGGGGGGACAGCCCCGUGGGUGUGCAUGUGGGGCUCUGCACGUCGCUGCCCUGGGUGAGCCAUUGCUGCCACGCGUGCACGUGCAAAUGGAGCCUUGCAUGUGCAAACACAGCCGUGUGUGUGCCAGCUCAGCCCUGCAAACCUGGGUGAGCAAGUGCUGCCUUGCACGAUGUGCAAAUGCCACCAUGUGUGUGCAACGUCACCCAGCACCACGCUGCAGCUGCACACAGUGCCACACAGAUGCACCCCGAAAGCACCGUGAGCCCCCCAUGCUAGCCCCAUUAUUUAUUCCCCCCUCCCUGGACCCCCCCCAUUCCCUAUAAAUAAACCUUUGCUUCGUUUUUCCUA